CGGGGCUGGGGCCGAUGGGGCUGGGGCGGCCGAAAACCCCGGCCGUCGCACAGAGAACGUAAUUGCCCGCUAAGCUGUGCCUCCCUGGGCCCUGUGCGGCAUAGGGAGGUGGUUAUGCCCUCGAGCGGGGAGGGAGGGAGGCGGUUCUUGGCGGCAGCGCGCCCUUUGAGGACAGGUGAUGCGCGGCCCAUCUCUGGCAGCGGCACAUCCCGCUGAGGUGUUGCCGUCAGCGCAUCCAUCCUCCCGGGCCCCUGGCAGAGCUGUCGCAGCGGGCUGGGCUCUGUUUGCCUUUUAUAAAGGGGAGCUGGUUGUUCCGAGAGCAGAUGCAGCGCGCUGCAUCACCCUAGCAGCGUUCUGGUCCCUAAGGAUCUGUGCGAACAAAGGCCUCUUGUAUCCCAUGCUCAUUAUUCUGUUAAGAAUUCCAAUGGUUGUCAGAACUGGAUUCUCAUGGGCCCUCAAUUAUAGGCCGUCUGUAAAUCCUCAGAAGUUCCUCAGGCUUAGAAUGGAAAGAGUGAAUACGUUGAGAUUGUCUGGCCAUGGGAAGGAGAAGAUGCCUGCUCCAAGGGUGCCAGUGCUGGCAGCAAGAUCACUGGAUCUCUUCUCUUCCAGGAGACAUGGAGGUCUAUUUGUGGUUGGAGCUACCUGGUUAGAUAAAGUAUAGAUCAGUCUGCUGUGAAAGUACUUCACAUGAAGAAGACUGCCUGACGGUUCAGUUUGCUCUGAAUGUAUCGUGUCAUGAGCCUUUUCACAAAAUGAAAAACCAAAACCAGCAUUUUCUUGUUUCUGGGUUUUGUUUGGAUUUUUUUGUCCCCUGUCAAUUCAGGUGGGCCAUUACCUGUUGCUGAUUUUAAUUGGAAUUGUGGAAGCAAAAUCCUGGAAUAAAAAAAUUCGAAUGUUUCUUUAAGGUUUAAAAUAGGCAAUCUAGACUCAGAUUUGGAGUAAGGGCAGUUUAUGCAUCUACAAUAUAUAAAUAGCUCUUUAAAUAGGUGUAAAUAAAAUAUACUGAUGUUUAAAGUUUCUUUAUGUUGACAAAUAAAAUAUUUUCAUUUUAAAAAACAGUUAAAAGCAAUUUACCAUAGGAAAAAAACCACACUUCAGUGUAGGGAUUUUCACCAGAAAAAAACUUGGCUGCUGAAAGGGAGAUGGUCUUAAAUUUACAUGUGUUCUAAAGCCAGUUAAUUUACACCACUGGAAGUGAAACUCAGAGUGGGCAAACAUAAAGCUUCCUAACAAGACUAGAGGUACAUGACUAAAUCAGUUUAAAUUGACUAAACACUGAAAGGUAUUCUGUCACCAAACUGUCUGUAAGUGACCCUAUUUGGUAAGCCCAAGCAAUCCUGUUUUAGCCAGGCUGUUGGUGUUGUUUGUAUUCCAUUAUUCAGUCCACAGUACCUCAUGGGGAUCCACUUAGGAUGCAUUCUAAUAGCCUGUGUCUUCCUUGCACUACAAGGUGUAGAGUGAUCAGCCCUUUGGAAUGUAGAAUAUGUAAUGAAGUUUUCUUUUGCCAUCUUAAUUUUGCAGAAAAUUGUCAGAAUUUGGGUUUUUUGAGGGUAACACUAGGACUAGUCUUUCUCUUAAAUGACAGUUAAACACACUCCUUGCUGUGUUUCCUGUGGACUUUACUGAAAAAAUACCUACAGGAGUAGAUUGAAGAAAACAUGGCCAAUCAACGGGAUUACAUUAGCAGACCUAUUUGCAAUGGAAUUUCUGUUCCUGAAAAUAAAAUCAAUUCCUUAGUGGCUGAAGGUCAUGGACAACAAAUUCUAAAAGUACUACAAAAGUUCAGAGAACAAAAUACAUUUUUUGACUUUAAAAUUCUUGUGAAAGAUGAAAUAAUUCCCUGUCAUCGUUGUGUACUGGCAGCAUGCAGUGAUUUUUUCAGAGCCAUGUUUGAAGUUAAUAUGAAAGAACGGGAUGAUGGCAAUGUUACUAUUAGUAACCUAUCACCCAAGGCAGUGAAAGCUUUUCUUGAUUAUGCUUACACAGGAAAAACAGAGAUAACCGAUGAUAAUGUGGAAAUGCUCUUCCAGCUGUCAUCAUUUCUUCAAGUUUCACUCCUUUCCAAAGCUUGCAGUGACUUCUUAAUAAAAAGUAUUGAUCUUGUGAAUUGCUUACAGUUGCUUUCUCUGUCAGAAAGUUAUGGGUCUGUCCGCUUGUUUGAUCAUGCACUAGAUUUUGUACAACACCACUUUUCAUUGCUGCUCAGAUCAAGUGAUUUCUUGGAAAUGAAUUUUGAGAUAUUACAAAAAUGUCUCGAGGCUGAUGAACUAGAUGUCCCUGAGGAAGAAUCAGUGUUGAAAGCUGUCCUCCAAUGGACCAAACACAACUUAGAAACACGGCAGAAAUACCUGCCUAAUUUAAUUAAAAAAGUGAGAUUACACCAGUUACCUGAAAAGACUUUGCAGGACUUUCUGCUUACUGAAGAACACUUACUUAAGAGUGCUAAUUGCUCAGUAAUAAUCAAUGAUGCAGUUAAAAGUGUGCAGAACUUCAGUGGAUUGUUUCCAGAUGCACGUCCUUCAACAACAGAAAAAUACAUAUUUGUUCAUAAAACUGAUGAAGAUGGAGAAAACAGACAUACAUUCUGCUACAACAUCAAAACAGAUAAAUGGAAAGAACUACCACAUACGCACAUGAUUGAUCUGCCAGGGUCAAGUUUGUCUAGCUAUGGAGAAAAAAUAUUUAUAACUGGAGGAUGCAAGGGGAAUUGUUAUAGGACUGUCAGGCUUCAUAUUGCUGAACCGUUUCAUGAUGCCACUGACCAAACCUGGUGCUACUGUCCAGUCAGCAAUGAAUUCUCCAUAGUGUCAGCUAUGAAAAAACCGAGGACAAUGCACACAUCUGUUGUAACCUUAAAUCAGCUCUUUGUAAUUGGUGGAAAGACCAGAGGAGCUCAAGAAACUCGGAGUCUUUUGGAUGUAGAAUCCUAUGAUCCUCUUUCCAAAGACUGGAAAUCUGUAAGCCAGUUACCAAGAGGUAUCUACUAUCCAGAAGCAAGUGCAUGCCAGAAUAUAAUUUAUGUCCUUGGCUCAGAAGUAGAGAUUACUGAUGCCUUUAAUCCAUCUCUUGACUGCUUCUUUAAGUAUAAUGCUAUGACUGAUCAGUGGUCUGAGCUUGUAGCAGAAUUUGGGCAGUUUUUCCAUGCAACUCUAAUCAAAGCUGUUCCAGUGAACUGUACAUUGUAUAUAUGUGAUCUCUCCACCUACAAGGUCUACAGUUUUUGCCCAGAAACCUGUGUUUGGAAAGGGGAAGGAUCUUUUGAAUGUGCUGGCUUUAAUGCAGGGGCAGUUGGGACAGAAGACAAAAUUUACAUACUAGGUGGUGACUAUGCUCCAGAAGAAAUCACAGAUGAAGUUCAAGUCUACCACAGUAGUAGGUCUGAGUGGGAAGAAGUUUCACCAAUGCCAAGAGCCUUAACUGAGUUUUACUGUCAGGUGAUUCAGUUUAAUAAAUACAGGGACCCCUGGUCACCCGUACUGACGAUUUGCUCUGGAGAAUUCUGAAGCUCCCAAGUCAAAAGAAUCUAUUUAAAUGCACAAGUUUUAGAGCAGUGUUAAGUAUUAGUUUACAGAUAAAGAAAUAUGUACUCAUUUAAAUUUUCAGUAUAAAUUAAAUGCUUUAGGAUUGCUUUUGGAAGAGCCCAUUAAAAUGUCAUUCAUGCUAAUCAUUAUAGAGACAGUAUUACUUAAUUUUAUAUACAACUCCUUUCUGUAAUUUUCAUAAUAUUUUUCAAAAUUAUAUUAAUUUUCCAAAAAUAAUAUUAAUGAGGAAUUAGUUGUGUAGUAUGUGCCAUUAUUUCUGUAAUAUGCACAGUUGUCCCAAUAGACAAAUUGCUAAAUGAGAAAACUGACUGUGAUACUGUUUUCCCUAUGUAACUGAAGUUUAAGAGACAUUUUCAUUAGUGUUAUUUAGAUUUUCUAUGUUCAUAAACCUUAAGAAGAAUUCCUUGUCAGCUUUAUCUUAUCACAAUGACCUUAGCAAGGACAAGAGCCAAAGUGACCUUCACAGUAUUAAAACCAGGUAUCUAACUUGAAGAGACUGAUAAUUCCUGUCAUUUUACUUCAGCUCUUCAGUUUUACCAGUUUUUCUCCAUCCUUGUGCCUUAGUAGUAGCUUUAUUUUCUGUUUCCAUUCCAUUAACUGUGGCAAAGUAAACUUCCAUAACAUACUGUAGGUAAGAUUUCUACAAGACAGAUGAUUAAUGUGAUUAAUAUCUUUGCUUCUGUCAUGUUGCUAACUAAAGAAAAACCACUUCAGGAUGUUUCCUAAUAGAAGUCUUCCAUCUCUGAAGUCUUCAGUGCUACCUAAUAAGCAGUAUCUAGACUGCUUAUAGCAGCAAGCUGUAAAAAGAAUCGUAGCUGUUGCUUCGGUUAACUAUGGGAAAAGUUUGUAUCUUGUCAUACAUCAAACACAAAAUUACAAAACUACACCCCCAUAUUAAAAGCCAGUAGUAAAUAGUAUUUCUGAGGUGAGAAAUCAUCUCUUGUGGUUUAAAUUAAUUAAAACAUUUUAUCUUGAACUUCAUGGUAAUUUUAGAUGUUAAAAUACUACACAGUAAACACUACACAAUAUAUUGCUUGAAAAACUUUAAGUAGUCAGCUAUGAUAAAACUGUAAUGGACUUUUAGUGCUAAUAUUAGUCUAGCCAUGCAUUGUGAAGUAAAUUUGAUCUCAUGCUUACAAAGUCAGUCCUCUUUCUGACAGGAGGACACUGAAAUUAGCUAAGUUUUAUUAAUCAAUUUGCAAUCUUCCACAGCCUGAGAAUUUCUUUCUUACCAGGUAUCCAGAUAAGACACUGAGAACCUUUAUGUUCCAUAUAAGUAUUGUGAAAGUAGUAAGGUUGUCUUCUGCCAGACAGAAUAAUGGUUCUAAACAUUUAAUCACAUCUUUUCAAGCUGUUUAAAUCACGGAUAAAAUUUAGUGAGGCAUCAGAGACAUUUUUCAUGUCUUGAGACAGCUGUGGUAAGUUCAUUAUCACAUCACUACUGCAUGUACUUUUUGCAAAACCCAAGCUGAAUAUUAAUGCUUGAAGCUUAAUAUUGCCUAGAACAUGCUUCUGUUUUAAAGAGUAAACAAUGGAAGGUUCCAGUUCUGUGAUUGACUCUGUAAUUCAUUAUCAGAUACCUUUAUGAAUUUAGGUAACAUCAUCAUAACAAUUUUCUUAAGUAUGUAAAAUAAAAUCAUGUACAUUUGGAGAACAUGUUAAUAGAGCAGGACCCUUCCACUCAGUAAUUUCUGUAUAUUGAUAUGUGUGUCAGUUCUGUAGAAAUAAGUAGCUUGCUACAGUAUUUCAGGCAACUUCCACAUUUAUUUUGGGUUUUUUUAAUAAUAGUUCUCCAAACCAUAUUUUAACUAAACGCAGCUAGGUAACCUUUACAAUCACCUUACUGAAACACAAGUAUUUUUAUAUUGGGACACAACUACUUCUUGUUAGUGCAAAGCAAGUGUAUUGAGUAGAGAGAGGAAGAAUACUAUUCCUACUUACUGAAACAAUAGGAAAAAACCAAACACAUAGGAAAAUAGUAGUUUUAGUUUUAAUGAAGCUACUCAGGGCAGUGUAGAGACUUCAUUAACCAUUACUUAUUGCAAUUUGUCACAUCACUGGAAUACAAGGCCCGAUUCACCUUUGCUUGUGUCUUUGUGUUGUAUUUAUACCUGAGUAACAUGAGUAUGCAAUUUAUGGAUUGAGAAAAGUAACAUAUUGUGCCCACAGUGCAUGGGUAUAAAUAGCUAUGCAAAUUGGAAGAGACUAGAGAAUUGCAAGAGUGUUUUAAUUGCCACUGUCAUGACCAAGUUGCUGGAUCACAUAAACAGCAAGCGAAUGAGUCAUUCAGGUGAUGCUCUUUCCCCUAAGUUUUCCCUAUAGCAGAUCUUUUUGGCAGUCUUCCACCCAGCUACUUGCUGUAAGACUGGCAUCCGGCAUCAGACGGAGCAAUGACGUAUGUGAAAAAUUCCUCAGUACAGACAGUGAAAACUGACUGAAGCUGAAUUGGGAAGAUAGGCAUGCAUCUUUAAUAUUUCACACUACACUUGUGCAGGAACUAAUGCCAGUUUCCAGUUUGACAAAUCAUUCAUGGGUUUCACAGGGAGUUGAGCUCUUACUCAGUGAUCAGGAAAUAAUGUAGUAAUGUCAGUUACUUUCUAGCAUUGCUUACAGAAGAGUUACUGUGAAAUGGUACUGAUUUUCUGCAGUUAGGUUGGUAAACCUGUAAGACAGCUCUCACAGAGGGAAAAAUGAUCGUUUGCCACAUUUCCACAUAAAAAGUAUUAACUGUUAGCAGAACUGAAUGCAGAAGAAGCAGAAGCAUUAGAAAGUUAUGGUUAAAAACGAGGAUUUAUGACAGAAGUAAGGACCUAUAUUCAAAUCCCUGUGAUUAACUGGUAAAGUUGCAAGAAAUCUCUGUGAACUACACAAAAGAAUAUUAAUUACUUGCACGAGUAACUGUUGUAGUCUGGAUCAAACAUUUUUCAGUCUACACAGCAUUUAUGGAACUAAAAAGUCACAAAAUUAAUGCAAAGUGAGUUUUAAAAAUAUCUUUUAUGACUUUUCAAAGCUUUUUGAAUCAAAGCUUUAUGAAAAAGUACCUUCCUCUAAAAAUAGUCAGUAACUAGAUUAAUGAUUACGUAUGUUCUCACUGAAACAGUGAUGUUUAACCACACAAAAUGCAUGUAAAAUUAUAAUCUAUUUGCACUUAAAUGAUGUAACCAAAAUAUUUCUAAUAGUAUUCUAUUUUAUGUCACAGAAUACAUUAUAAGCAUGACCAGUAUAAUAUACACAAAGAUAAUAUAUAUUGUAUGUGGGAUUUUAAUAUCCAGUGAUGAUUAUAUUGGAUAAUCUUAAUUUUUAAAGAAUGCUAUCAAGAUAUUAUGGCACUUUGGUAAUGUUAUUAUACUGGUUUAGUUGUUAUAAUAAAUAUCAAUUAUUCAGGUGUUUUAUUGAUUAUGUUUGCACAUACCUGAUUAUUAUUAUUUAAGGACUAAUUAAUUUGUUUUCUAUGUUCUUAAUACAUUUGUAGCAAGUCAGUUUACUGCUGUUAAAAAUUCAUUAUAUUUACAAAAUGGUGUAGAUUUUCUGGGUCAGAUUUAUUUAUGGGUAUUACUCUGGGAAGAAAACUGUUUACCUCCUGUGGUUAAUAUAGGGAGUAGGUAAGGUGUAGGCUAUAGAAUGUGCUGACUGCAGUUCCAAAUGUGGAGAUUAAUUUUAGAUGCUUCUGUUUGUAGGUGACCAACAGGAGGCAGCAUAAGAUCUAUUUUAAUUAAAACAGGCUGAAAACAGGGAUGUAUUUGACAAUUUUUAUAGCUAACAUUAUGCUCAAUUUACUUUUAUCCUUCUAACACCCAAUAAAGCAUAGAAAACAGUAACAUUUCGCUGCUGCCUGGGCUCUGCUGAUAUGUGGAAAGUACGAUACUACACGUUUGCUGAGAUGUUCAUUCUUUUGUGAAAUAAAGCACUGAGCAACUGAA